UUUCAACUGACUGACUCAACUUCUUGAAGACAGCUUCUCAAAGCGGCCCUCAACAACGCGCCGCAGCCUAAUUCACCCACCAUUAUGGCUCCGACGGGCACCAGUUCGACCGGGGAUCUCACCUCGGAGAUCCUCCAGGCAUUGUCCAAAUCCGACCAGAUCUUGUCCACUGAGGCCUUCGCGCAGGUCCCCUUCGACUCGGUGAAGGCUGCCUUGGAUCGCCUUUCUGCGCGGUCCAUGGUCACGUACGAACAGAUCGAGCGCGAUGAGGCACUUCUAGAGCCGGAGGCGGAGAAUAUCGUCAGCCAUGGUAGCCACGAGGCCCGUGUCUUCGAGGCGGUGCGCAAGGCAAUGGGCGGCCUGUCAAUUCAGGAGCUCGAAACCGAAAUCGGCGACAAAACCGUCACGAAACUCGGCCAGGGCAAGGCUUUCAAGGAGAAGUGGAUCAAGAAGGAUGGCAGCAAGAUCGUUGCCCUGGUUGAUUCGAUCCACGACGUCACCCGAGAUCAGCUUCGCAUGAUCCAAGAAAACAAAACACGCGACGGCAAGAUUCUGGCGGAUCUGAGGAAGCGCAAGCUCCUCAAGUUUCAAAAAGUCAUCUCCUUCAAAAUAAGCAAGGGACCCAAGUAUGCGCUAGAGAUUGUGAAGGAAGAGACGGAUCUGACGGCCGAGAUGUUGGCGUCCGGUUCAUGGAAGUCGGCAACGUUCAAGCCGUACAACUUCAACGCCUUGGGCGCCGACCAGCACGCCGGAUCUCUACAUCCCCUUGGGAAGGUGCGGCAGGAAUUCCGACAAAUCUUCUUCGAGAUGGGCUUCACAGAGAUGCCCAGCACUCAGUAUGUCGAGUCCGGAUUCUGGAACUUUGAUGCACUCUAUGUACCUCAGCAACAUCCGGCGCGGGAUUUGCAAGACACCUUCUACAUCUCAGACCCGAAGACGGCCGGUAGGCCAUGCCCGGUAUCCCCAGACGACAAGCAGGACUACAACGAGUAUUUCGAAAACGUAAGGCAAGUCCACGAAAACGGAAAGUAUGGGUCGAUCGGCUACAGAUACCCCUGGUCGGAGGACGAGUCACUAAGACUUGUAUUGCGGACACACACAACUGCCGUCUCAGCUGCCAUGCUCUACAAACUGGCAGCAUUGGAGGGCCCUGGUGGCCGCUGCCCGCCGGCUCGAUACUUCUCCAUUGACCGAGUCUUCAGGAAUGAAAGUGUGGACGCAACCCAUCUUUGCGAGUUCCACCAGGUGGAAGGUGUGAUUGCCGAUUACGGUUUGACCUUGGGAGGUCUUAUGGAAUUUAUGGAGACUUUUUUCGCUAAGAUGAGCAUUACGGACCUCAAAUUCAAGCCAGCCUACAACCCCUACACCGAACCGAGCAUGGAGAUCUUCAGCUACCAUAAGGGGUUGAACAAGCUUAUUGAGAUCGGGAACAGCGGCAUGUUCCGGCCGGAGAUGCUGGAGACCAUGGGUCUGCCAAAGGAUUUGAGGGUAUAUGGUUUCGGCCUUAGCCUGGAGAGGCCGACCAUGAUCAAGUACGGCAUCUCCAACAUCCGCGAGCUGCUCGGCCACCAGGUGGAUAUCAACUUCAUUAAGAAGAACCCGGCGGUACGGCUAGACAAGAACUAGGUUAGACGGCGGGCGAGGCAAAGAGCGGCCGCUUGACGACGACGUAUGGGUGAAAAAAAGAGCUGUCUUGGGAUACUUUUCCUGAACAACUAGGGUCUGAGCGCGUCUAAGUGCUGCGUAAUGUAUCGAAAAUCCCCAGAGCAGGAGUGUCUUUGAAGAUAUCAGGCGCAAAAUAUAAACCAGCUUUUGCCAAUGCUAAAAUUUUGUACCCUCAUCCGCAGCCAGUUGGGCCACUUCGCCGGUCGUCAAUAACAGUGGGGAGGUGGUUAAGGCGGCAGGGCCGAGUUUAACGCUACCAUAAUGAGUGACGGGAAUAAAUAUCCAGCUCAUCUCUUAG